AUGUCCAAUCUGCCAUACAGCAUGGACACUGAGUGGUUUCGUGGAUUGUCAUCUAUUGGACUCGUCACCAGUUCUGAGACACAGGCUUUGUCUGGGAUGAAUGGCCAUGUUGUUGGCAACUGGCCGUUGAGGGUUGAACUGUCCUGGAGCGGGAAGAAAGAGCACAAACCUGACCAGGACAGCUCUGAAAUGCCAGAUGUCGCCACUGAGGAGAUCAGAGUGAAAAGCUCUGAGAUGGAACUGACAGUGCAAUUUUUCCAUUGUGUGACUUUGAACUUUAAAACCCCAAACAAACCUCUGGUGAGGACAGCAUGCGUGUUUUACGCUUUCAUCGUGUUAGCUGCAGAAAAGCAGGAAGAGAAUAAACUUGCGGCUGGCAGCUUGAGGGCAGGAAAUGUCGGUGCCUUGGCAGAUGGUCGGGUGGGGCCUGGAAAAGGGGGAGAACAUAGGAGGAUCUUCAGCAGGAAAUGGGAGGUCCAGACAAGCGAAGAUCGCCCAGAAGGAGGAGUUUCAGAGCGGCUCACUUGCGCUCCUCUGGCGUUUCAUUCGUGUAACUGCAAGCAAGCAGCACUCCGUGAGGGACAUACCCAAGUGCAAGAAUUACCAGACAAAGAAAAAAGCAUCCAGCCCAACAUCUGGAAUGACAUGAGGGACUUGAGAGACAUGAUGGUGGAGCUCAGAGUUGAGUUAAAGAUGCUGAAUACAGAGAAUAAUAAAUCUUGCCAUUCCUUUGUCUCAGGGCUGAAUAAGCAACUGACGGUCAGUGAAACCCAGCUGGAAGAGCUUAGAAGGGUAAAUGCAGAUCUACCAAAGGUGGCAUUUUCAGCUAACUUGUGUGAGAUGUGGGAAUAUUUAGGUCCCUAUAAUUCUAACAUCACACUGAAAUACAAGAACAUCUUCAUCAAUAUUGGCAAAAACAACAAUCCAUCAACAGGUAUCUUCACAGCACCAGUUAAAGGAGUCUACUACUUCAGAUUUACUGUGUGUGGUGUUCAAGCCAGAAAUUCACUGAGUGCAGAUUUGUAUAAAAAUGAGCAGAAGACUGUAUCAGUAGGGCAGUGGCAAGAUCAUAAUCAGCACAGAUAUGCAUCCAAUGCAGCUGUCCUGCAGUUGGACACAGGAGAUGUAGAUUGCAUGAAGCUCUUAAAAGGUUACACCAUCUAUGACUGUCCUGGUAACCUCAGCACUUUCAGUGGAUUCCUUAUUUACCCUAUAUAG